GUGGCUGCAUCACAUACAUUGCUUGAUGCCGAUCCAUCCACGACCAUGGCAACUAGCAAUGGCAAGUCCUAUUUCUGCCAACAACGGCAACAUCCAAAAUCCUCUACGGUAGAACUUGGCUGAAAGAUGGUUGUAUUCAGGCACGUGGUUCUCUUUGCUGGGCUCCUUUGCGGAGCUCAAGCCUUUGUUGUUGAGAAACCUACUAGAGCGCCAUUCACCCCAAGGAACGCUGCCGAAGAUCCUCAACUUUCCGAGCGUGAUGCCAUUGAAUCGUCACAGCGUCGUGAUGCCUUCAAGAGCUUUGCUUUGGCCCUUUCGGGUGGCAUUCUUGUAUCAACCUUACCAUCAGAGCCAGCUUUUGCUAGCGGUGGUGCGACCGCUGGAAAGUACACGACCAUUCCUAUUGCCAAGCGCAGAUAUUACGGGCGCGUACAGCAAGGUGUGCAUGAUUUUUUGGCCAUGGGCUCCGAAAUGGUCAAGGCUGAUACCACAGGUGAAAACGUUCAGUUCUUCUUUGACGUGAAUGGUGUCGUGAUUGUCGCGAAGAAGCGCCAAGACAUUUCGGGUCAAUGCACAAAGAAGGAUGGAAAAUGCCAAGGCAAAGAAAUCAGAGACUCCCGUUGGAAUGACAUGAAGACUUCCAUGUAUCUACUGGGAAAUGCCUUUCGUACAGAUCAGCAGAAACCACCGGAUAAGCUGCCAACUGUGAAGGCUGCAAAGGCAUUUUUCAAGAAAAUUGAUGCGCUUGAAGAAAGGGCUAAAUCCAAACCGAAAGACAGUGAUGCCAAGGCACAGGAGCUAUAUGCAUCGUCCCUUGAAAUCCUGGAUGAAUACCUUGAUCUCGUAGAGCUGCCACCAACACAGUCAGGAUGGUACGACCAGAAUUUUGACACACUGGUAGGCGAGGCAGCGCGUAUCACGUAGACUCGCGAAGAGAAUCUGCAGAGAGAUAUCACGUAGACUCAUGCAGAGAAGCCGCAGAGGGAGUUCAAGUCUAAAGACUCACGCCGAGAAUCCUCAGAGGGGGCUCGGAGACGCUCAAGACUAUUUUAUUUUAAAAGUUAUUCUAAGACUUGAAAUUCGUUCUGU